CUGCAUGCAGUAGCUCAGAAAGGAGACGGAUUUUAAGUGGAUGAUUGGGUACGAUGUUAUUCCCCAGCCACAUAUUUAAUUCAUGCCGCCGCUUGGAGAGGAUGUGUCGCAGUAAAGUUUAUCCGGACUUUGAAAGCGCGCCGUUGGAAGUUUUCCCUACGCAUGCCGCAGCACAGAAAGCAGGUUGUACGACCUACUAUAACACAGAAUGGCAAAGAUGCAGCUUUUCACACCCAUGAUGUUUUACUUUUCUCUCGGGUUUAAUCGUAAAAGUAGCGCUGAAAGUUGACAGCUAUUGGGGACGCGGCAGGUGAGCAGCAACGCGUGAGAUUUGGACUGCAGCUCGAUCUCCAGGCUGCACUUUAAUGUAACGGAAGGCAAUGUGAAAUGGUCCCGACUUGUCAUAGAAGCUGGGAGGAUAUAACUUGAAAGGAGCGCGUAUUUAAAAGGAUUUCAGUCCACCAUGAGAGCGUUGAGUUUGCUGUGCGUAAUAGUCGGGCUGUGGGAGUCGAGCCUGAGCAACAGAAACUGUCCGGACCUGAUCGUUGACAGCUGUCACUGCUCGGCUGAGAGGUCCAAGGAGCUGAGCAGGCAGCACGUCCGAGUCAAAGUUGUGUGUGAUGAUGUGGACUUGAUGGACACCCUGCAGCCAAGUUUCUUACCCAACAGAACCGUUUCUCUAAACCUGAGUAACAACAAGAUCUCCCUGCUGAGGAAUGGCUCCUUCUAUGGCUUGGCUGCCCUGGAAAAACUGGACCUGAAGAAUAAUUUGAUAAGUACAGUGGAGCCCGGGGCCUUCCGUGGUCUGCUAGCCCUGAGGAGACUGGACCUGUCCAACAACAGGAUUGGCUGUCUCUCCCCUGAAAUGUUUCUUGAUCUGGGCAACCUCUCAAAAUUGAAUUUAUCGGGGAACAUCUUCUCCACGCUGACCGUGGGACUCUUUACACACCUCGUGGCUCUCAGAGUGCUGCACUUCAGCACCGAGACUUUGUUCUGUGACUGUCAGCUUAAGUGGCUGCUCCUCUGGGCUCGAAGCAACUCUGUGAGGAUUGGCAACGACACAGUGUGUGUGUUCCCUACCCACCUCCACGGACUGGAGUUUUGCAACCUGCGUGAACAGCAGCUCAGAUGUGAUGGACCUCUGGAGAUGCCCCUCUUCCAGCUCAUCCCCUCCCAGAGACAACUGGUUUUUCAUGGAGACCGUCUACCCUUGCAGUGCACUGCCUCGUACCUGGACACGUCAGUGGAGUUGCGGUGGCGUCACAACGGCCACAUCGUGAGCACGCAGGAGGACCGGGGCAUCUACGUGGAGGAAACCCUGCUUCAUGACUGCUGCCUGCUGACCAGGUACAUGCAGAGGAGAGGAGAGUGGGCGGCAAGGAGGGAGGGGGGACGGAUGGGGGAAUGUGAGCUGGGAGCUGAUUAG